CCAGUUGAAAACGAGCAGCUAUGCCGCGCGGAGCUGUAGACGAGCUGAACGCUUUCGCUAGGAGCAGCGCUGACGGAGGACUGACCCGGGGACAGCGGGACCAAGAGGCUGGACGUAGCGCUUAACAACCACUCUUUCCCCGGGGAAACGCGACUUCCUCCAGGCGCAGCGAGGGCGGCCGCCGCUCCGUCUCCCAGUCCCCCUCCGCUCCGCUCCGAGCUCCACGGGAAAGACAGCGGCGAUGCUGCUCCGGAACGUUUAGGAUUUCUCUCCCCAUUGUUGCUCUGCUUUUUUGUGUGUGUGCAUCCACCUGGGACAGUGAUAGACGGCUCCGCUAUGGUCUCGCUGGCUCUCGGCAGCAGAAGAUGCUGCUGGAUGGGGACCUUCUUCUUGCAGUUGCUGCUGUGGAUUUUAUGCGCCGUGAACGGAGAGGAGCAGCCGUUCAGCGUGGAGGCAUGGCUCCAGAGGUACGGCUAUCUCCCCCCUGCAGACCCCAGAAUGUCGGUGCUGCGUUCGUCUCGAGUCAUGCAGUCUGCCAUCGCUGCCAUGCAGCGACGCUAUGGCCUCAACAUCACAGGAAUGUUGGACAGCAACACUAUAGACAAUAACACGAUAAGGUGGAUGAAAAAGCCCAGGUGCGGAGUACCUGACCAGAUUGGAGGAGUUUCCAAAUUCAAUGUGAGGAAACGGCGGUACGCCCUCACAGGACAGAGGUGGCAGCACAAACAUAUAACAUACAGCAUAAAGAACGUGACUCCUAAAGUGGGAGCGGAGGAGACCCACGACGCCAUCCGACGAGCCUUUGAUGUCUGGCAAAACGUGACGCCGCUGCGCUUUGAAGCUGUGCCCUACAGUGAGCUGGAGCGGACCAAAAAAGAUGUGGACAUCACCAUCAUCUUCGCCUCAGGUUUCCAUGGCGACAGCUCACCCUUUGAUGGAGAGGGCGGUUUCCUGGCCCACGCCUACUUUCCAGGGCCUGGAAUUGGUGGCGACACACACUUUGACUCCGAUGAACCGUGGACAUUAGGGAACCCUAAUCAUGAUGGUAACGACCUCUUCCUUGUGGCGGUUCACGAGCUCGGCCAUGCACUUGGACUGGAACAUUCCAACGACCCCACAGCCAUCAUGGCGCCUUUCUACCAGUACAUGGACACGGACAACUUUAAACUACCGAUGGACGACCUGCUAGGGAUACAGAAGAUUUAUGGACCUCCAGACAAGUUACCACAGCCCACCAAGCCUUUGCCGACGGUGCCCCCUGCUCGCUCUUACCCCCCCUCAGACCCGCGUAAACCAGACAGGCAGACACGACCUCCCAGACCCCCAGGGGAUCGACCGUCUCACCCCAAUUCCAAACCGAACAUCUGUGAUGGAGGCUUCAACACCUUGGCCAUUCUGAGGAGAGAGAUGUUUGUCUUUAAGGACCACUGGUUCUGGCGGGUGAGGGAUAACUCUGUGAUGCCAGGCUACCCCAUGCUCAUCAGUGUUUUCUGGAGAGGUUUGCCUCCCAAAAUUGAUGCAGUCUAUGAAAACAGCGAGGGAAAGUUUGUUUUCUUUAAAGGAAAGCAGUUCUGGGUCUUUAAGGACACAGUGUUGCAGCCCGGCUACCCUAAGGAUAUCACACAGUUCGGACACAACAUGCCAGCCCAGAGCAUUGAGACGGCCGUGUGGUGGGAGGACGUAGCAAAGACCUACUUUUUUAAAGGAGACAGGUACUGGCGUUACAACGAGGAAAUGAGAACCAUGGACCCCGGCUAUCCCAAACCCAUCACUGUGUGGAGAGGAGUGCCUGAAUCACCGCAGGGGGCCUUUGUGGACAAAGCCAACGGGUUCACUUACUUCUACAAAGGAAAGGAGUACUGGAAGUUCAACAACCAGUUCCUCCGAGUGGAGCCGGGCUACCCCCGCUCCAUCCUGAAAGACUUCAUGGGCUGCGACCUGAUGCCGGUGCACCCCGGCCACCCGCCCAGCGAUGACCCCAAGGUGGUGCCCGAGCUGGACGGCGAAGCCAACACAGCGAAGGCCAUCGCCAUCAUCAUCCCUUGCGUGCUGGCACUGUGUCUGCUGGUGCUCACCUACACCGUGGUGCAGUUCAAGAGGAAGGGGACACCCAGGCACAUACUGUAUUGCAAACGCUCCAUGCAGGAGUGGGUGUAGACCAGUGAGGAGCCACUGCCUUCUCAGUUUGGGAAGAGGGAGACCUGGACGGCGGACAUCUUUGGCCCAGCCACGCCUCCUCUUGAAACGCGGGCGCUGACACUCUGUCCAGUCCCACAAAAUAUGAAGGAAUCCCCAGAGGACUUGAAGUUUACUAUGCGGAGCCCCCCCGGCCUUUUCUCACUCAGAGGGGGAGCAAAAAACAAAAAGAGGGUGUUUUUGUUUGUUUCUGUUUUUUAAUCAUGUAAAACAAACCAGAGUUGGGCUUCACUUUUUAUCUGAGAAACAUUUCUCCUGAGGUUUGCCCGACUGGUCUUAAUCAGGGGGAGGACUGUGAGAGUCGAGGGGCGCUCACUGCAUUCAUAUCAGUCCGUUUUCUAAUCUUCCCCCCAAUUCAGCAGCGUGUCAAAGUUGCCGCUUUCUUUCCAUCAGUUUGUUUUUUGAGGUCCUCACUGUUCCCUUUAACACGCUCCUGAGGAAGAGACCAAACCAAACCAAAUAAACAGUUCUCUGUCUCUCCAAAGAGGAUCGCCAUCUUUCAUUUCUUCGACGUCCUCGGUUCAUCUUUCUUUCCGUCUCUCGUCGAGUCGGGGAGCCUCUGACUGUUCUGGCAGUCUGUCUGAGACACAGGGGCCAAAUUAUUCUGCAAUAUUUUAACUCGCCUUAACUAUCGCUCAUACGACUCGUGCUUGGUUUUCCAGUUCUUGGUGUUCUGUUGUUGUUUGUAUACAGCUUGGUUUUUUAUUUCAUUUUAAUUUUGUUUUUUUGUAAAAGAAGAGUCUGAAAGGCUUCUAAUGAUCUGAUUCUUUUUUUUUUUUUAUUAUUACCCAGAAUCCUCAGCACUGGCUUGCUGAGCCGCUCUGGAUUGUAGGAUCCGCUUUUAUCAUGUUCUGUACUGUACGUAGGAAGGUUCUGGAUAAAGCCACUAUUUUUGUGUUGAACAACAGUUGUUACUAUUGGACCUUAAUCCUUCACCCGCGGGAUCUGGCAAAUGAGCAGCUUCAGGUUCCCGCUUUGUUUCCUUGUCCCCCGACACUUUUUUAAAACAAGAUGUUUGCUUCUAAAAAUCUGCAUCGAGUGCUUGUUGUUUUUUUAUGAUUUCCAGUCAUCUGCCUUGUUUCAGAGAACUCUCAGAUGCCAGAAUGCUUUUGUCCUCUGACGGAGGGCGUAAAUGUGAGACACCAAGUCAAGAUCAGUGCCUGUGUCGACGUGCAUGACCUAAACAGCUCAUCUUAGCGCGACCUCUGACCCCUGACAGCAGGUCAGAGAGGUCCUCCUUGCAUCUAUUUUUGUACACUGCCCCUGAACUUCAGGUAUAAACAAGGGUACGUCCACACGACUGCGUUUUUCUUCGGCAGAAUUGAUUUUAAAAGUCCAUAUUGGAAACAUGUGAGAUGUGGAACAGCUGGUCACAUGCUGCUCAUUUGGUAAAUCGUGGUGGAAAGUCAAGCGCGAGAGAAGUUUGUUGGAGAAUUGACUGAGGGAAGAUGGAUGAGGCUCUCCAAGGAUGCACUCACGCUAGCCCCAGUUGAUCCCUCCCACCCAUGACGCAAGGGGUGUCAAACUCAACCACACAUGGGGCCUGAGUUUCAAAGGUAGUGCCAGUUGCAGGUCGAUCAAAAUCCUUCCAUAUUCAGAGUUGGAGGCUCAUUCUAUGCUUCAGUGUGUUUACAAUUGAAUUUAACUCGGGCCUACGACUUACAGUAGCAACAAUUUCCACAAGGGGCUGCAGCAGUUUUCGAUUUCCGCCAGGAGCGGAGCGUCCCGGAGCGGUGGUUCUCCACUCGCUCACACAGGAAUUGUCAGUCUCGCGGUGCCUCAUCGCUCCACCGCCGUGAAUGAAUUUGUCCAGUCCAACCUCUGUGUACGACGUGCUUGUUCUCUGUCCCAUCGCUUUCAAUUCAGCUCAGGCUCUUUCUUUUCCAAUGUUGUCUUUAUACUGUCAUCAGAAUGGGCCGACACUCAACCUCCAAAAUGAAUGUCAUCCAUGUUGUCAUCUUGUCUAGAAAAAAAAAAAGCUCGGUCGUCAAUCAUGCUCCAAUUUUGAUGUGAUGUUUACAUUGGUUUCACGCCGUGGAAUGUGACUAACGUCAACUCAUAGUGUUUUAUCCAGAUUUCAUUUCAUGCGUCCUUUCACACUACUCCAACUUGACGCGGGGCCGCACAUCGCUCCGCAAGAAACAGAAUCCUUGUGGAUAUGAAGCAGUGCUGCAGCCGAAUCACAGUUCCUUUCAAUGGAAAACAAUUCCUUCUUUUUGGAAAAACUACGCUGCAGCUACGCUCCCGGUGGAAAUUGGUUGCUCCAUUUCAAGCUCGUCUGGGCCACAUAAAAUGACUUUGUGGGCUGGUUUUGGCAUCCGGGCCUUGAGUUUGACACCCAAUCCACUUCAAAGUUACCUGUGGUUCUGAGGGUUUGAGCGUUUGAGAAAGGGUGAGGAGCUCAAUCAUUUACGAGGGAAAAGGAGAUCAUUUUUAGACACAAAAAAAUGAUAUUUGGCAAAGUCCAGAUUCAGCAGGGAGAAAAGAUGUGACAAAAGAAUAUUCUAAAUAAAAAAUGGAAACAUAAAAAAAUCAUGUCAAAACAAAUGAUGUCCAAUUUCUUGGGGCCAAAAUGUUAACAAUAUUCAUGAAAUAUUGACUUUUAAAACAAUGGAGUUUAAACAUUAUAGUCCCGUCUCUUGCGUGGGGUGAGGUGUUCUCGGGUCAUGCUCUCUUCAAAGUCUCCUGGGUCUGCAGCUCUUCUCAUCCCCUCAGAAUGUAAAUAUGAAGAAGUUUAAAAGUCUGAAUACAGAUAACAAAUUACAAAAUCUCGCACCUGCAAGCAAAAGGCUUAGGAAAGCAUUGAAUACAGAUGCAGGAGCUCAGCAGAGGUCUCCUGAGGUGGGAGCAGUUACAGCACGGCAUGCACCGCUCUCCUCCUCCUAGCCAGCUGGGGUGGAGGUCGGAUGUCCGUUCACAGAAGAGAUGACCUCCAGUCAGUGCUCAGUGUGGGAAUGUCACCACAACAAAAUCGACUCUCUUAGCUCUCGCUUCAAAACACAGAUCAGUGCUCCAGUACCAGGACACCACGAGGUCAAUGACCAUCAGAAAUCUGCCAUGAUGCAUGUGAAAAACAUGAAUGACAGGAACAAAAAGAUGUCAACAACUCCACACUUGAAGUCUGUACCAGACAAGAAAGCAGCAGUGUAGACGAACUAGAUUCAAACAGUUGUUCAGAAGAACACGGCCGUGUGGACGUAUCCGUUCGGCUGCGAGCCGCAGCACAUGAUGACAUUUGGAAAAAAAAAAAAAAAAAAAGGUCUUCAUCAACACUCCCUGACAUGAGCCAACAAAUAGUGCUGAAUGUGCGUUGUCCAUGUUCAUGAUCACAAACUGUUCUUUUGUUUUGUCUUUGUUAACUGUUUUCUGGUCAGAUCAAAUGUGACAUUUCACAAUGGCUUUUUUUUUGGUGUAAGACUUUAGGACCCCACGUCCUGACAGAAUGAAUAAAUCAAUAUAAGAUUAUAAGGAGCUCCAGUCUUUUCUUCUCUCACAUCAUACAUGAAUAAAGAGGGUCAACUCGGCACAUCUGUCCAGCUGCA